AUGGCCAAUGCCGAAGAAAAAUUACGAAAAACAAGUCAAUUGACUAAAACACCUAACGCAUUUUUAGCCUAUCGAAUGGCAUUACAAAAAGAAUUUGCAGCCCUUAAUUUGUACCCAAAUAUGCGUGAGCUUUCGACAGCAGCUGGUAACGCUUGGGAAAAAGAACCUGAAUAUGUGAAGGCACGGUAUAAUCGUUUGAUGCUUGACACUAGAACUUUAUUUCAACGUGUUAGUCAAGCUGUCCUCCCAUUACAAAUUGUUCACGUAAACCCAAAUGAACAGAGUAAUCAAAAUGAUCGGAUUCCAAAUGAUGACGUUAAAGAUGACUGGAAUCCUUCGGAGAUCAAUGCUAUCAUUGUGCCUGAUACCGAUACUAAUGAUUUAUCACCUUCUUAUAUCAGUCUAUCUGCAUCAAUAAAUUCCGCAUUAACGUAUCCUUCUCCAUCUCCUACUCCAACAUCAACCUUCGUGGGAUAUAAUCAGAAUACUUUUUCGAACGAGUUUGAAAUGAAUUCGCCAAACUCAAUUGAUUCAUAUGAUUAUUUCAGUGGAAAUCCAUUCCAUUUUUCUGAUCCAAUGUCACCAACAUCCGGAUAUCAACAACUCGACUAUCUUGCUAAUGAAGCAAAUAGCACUUCAAAUUGCACAUUAGUUGCCGACUUAUUGGCUGAACGACAGCACGUUCAAAGAUCAUGA